AUCCAAGUAUUCAACUCUGAGCUGAUCAAAAAGGCUCUCCAGUUGAACAAGGGCGAUCGCGUUUGCAUUCACGGCAAUUUGGGCUCAUAUCCGAUGGAUCUUGCGAACAAGGUUUGGCUUCAAUGCGUUGUGGCCCGAUCCAUUUGUCUUUACCACAAUCCGCCGGAUGCUGAGGAUCACGAGGAGCAGUUGUCUCACGAGGAUGAGGCAAAAACUUAUACAUCUUCCCCUAAGGCAUCUUGGGACUCGGGGUUCGAGAGUCCAAAAGGAUCUUCGUCAUAG